AUGGUCAAGGACGCAAACGAAUGGCCGUCCCCGGCCGACUCGGGAGUCAUGGACGGAGGUGUGACGGUUGAGAAGAAGGGACCGACAGGCGGUGAUGCGGAAUCGGAUCAACAGGGAGAGCUGCAGAGGACCCUGUCGGCGAGGCAUCUCAACUUUAUCGCCAUCGGCGGUACGAUCGGGACGGGUUUCUUCCUGGGCAGCGGCACGGCGCUUUUGAAGGCUGGUCCGCUGGGGUGUCUGCUGUCUUAUCUGUUUGUUGGGACCAUGCUGUGGUCGGUCAUGGUGAGCUUGGGCGAGUUGUCGACGUAUAUCCCUACCGCAGGUGCCUUUUCGACGUAUGCGACGAGGUUUGUUGACCCGAGUUUGGGUUUUGCGGUUGGGUGGUUGUAUUGGUUUGGCUGGGCUAUCACGUACGCUCUUUCUCUCAGUGCAUCGGGCUUGAUUAUUCAGUACUGGAACGAGGAUAUAAACAUUGGCAUUUUCAUCGCUGUUUUUUUCGUCAUCUUUACGCUGGUCAACUACCUCCCCGUCGGCAUCUAUGGCGAGCUCGAAAUGUGGCUGUCGAGUUUGAAGGUCAUCACUAUUCUUGGCUUCAUCAUCUUCGCCAUUUGCAUCGCUGCCGGUGCCGGACAGCAGGGCGUGAUUGGAUUCAAGCACUGGAGGGAACAAGGUCCAUUUGUCGAGCACUUGGUGUCGGGUGGUGUCGGGAAAUUCGUCGGCUUUUGGGCAGUCAUGAUUCAGGCCUCGUUUGCGUACCAGGGCGCUGAGCUUGUGGGCGUGGCUGCCGGUGAGGCUCGCAACCCCAAGAAGACGGUUCCAAGCGCCAUCCGGACUACCUUCUGGGGUAUCAUGGUCAUGUUUGUCGUCACAAUCUUUCUGCUCGGCAUGAUUGUGCCAUCCAACGACCCAACCCUCAAGGACCAGGCUGCCAACGGGUCGACCAACGCCAAGGCCUCGCCUCUUGUGGUUGCUGCUGACCUUGCCGGUGUCCCCGUCUUGCCGCACAUCAUCAACGCCGUUCUGCUGACGGCUGUGCUGUCAGCUGCCAACUCCAACGUCUACUCGGGCAGCCGUGUGCUUCUUGCGCUCGCCGAGGAGGGUCUUGCUCCCAAGAUCCUGACCAAGACCAACAAGCAUGGUAUUCCAAUCUAUGCCGUGGCCGUCACCUCGGCCAUCGGCCUGCUCGGAUUUUUGAACCUGUCACCCGCCGGAGGUCAGGAGGCCUUCAACUGGCUGCUCAACAUCAGCGGUGUCGCCGGUCUUACCACCUGGGGAAGCACAUGUGCCUCGUUGAUUGGCUUCAGACGUGCGCUCAAGGCCCAAAACGUUCCCGUUUCCGACCUGCCCUACAUCUCCAAGUUCCAGCCGUUCACCGCGUGGUACGGUCUCUUUUUCAACAUCCUUGUCGCCUUGACCCAAGGCUUCGCCGUGUUCAUCGAGUGGAAGACUAGCGACUUUUUUGCCGCCUACAUCAGUCUCAUCUUGUUUGCCGCCUUCUGGAUCGGGCACAAGCUCUGGUAUAGGCAAGGUUUCGUCCACCCAGCUGCCGCCGACCUCUUCCGUGGGCGCUAUGACUCGCACGAGGAGCGCGACGCGGCCGAUGGAAAGGUGUAA